UCUCCAUCCCUCCAUCCGUAUGCCCGCCCUCCUCAUGGUCAGCUCCCAUUUCCUGAACGCUGUGGCUGGCUGGACCGCUACACUUGGGCUCACUCACCUGCAAUCACAUAUUGCUUUUACUUGGCUUCAUCCAGAGGGGCCUUCACACUCACUGCUAUCAUCAUCCUUUUUCCAGACACUCCAAAGGAGGCGAUGGUUGGAGAGUGGGGAUGAGGAGCCAUGAGUUACUCCCUAAUCACCUUCAUGGCUCAUAGAAAACUCUCCCAAUCCCCCUUCUCCCUUAUUUCUGUUUUCCUUCUUCUUUCUCUCUCCUUCUUCUCCUGUCCGUGUCUCAGUGGUCCAGCCCGUGCUCCUCUCUUGGCGGGACAGCCCUUUCUGGUUCUGUGGGGUGUGCCCAAUAAGGACUGCCUGGGCCGCCCGGAUCCAGCGGGUUUCGGUAUGGAGUGGGAGGGGCGAGUGGCUGUGUUUUAUGAGGACUCGCUUGGGCUGUACCCAUAUUUCAGUGCUGAUGGUCAGCCAGCCAACGGUGGUCUGCCGCAGCACACAAGCCUGGACCUCCACCUCCAGAAGGUGGAGGGGGACCUGACAGCCACACUGCCACAGGCAGGAGCACCCGGGCUGGGUGUGCUGUGGUGGAAUGAAUGGGCCCCUCAGUGGAGCAGAAACAAGGGAAAGCAGGGGAGGUAUCUGGAGGAAUCACGGGCCCUGCUCCGGGGAUUCUUCCCUGACUGGAGCGCAGAAGAGGUGGAGAAAUGGGCUCAGGUGGACUUUGAAGCAGCAGCUCAGUCCAUCCUAAUGGAGACCCUGAGAGAACUGAAGAGGCUCCGCCCACAGAGGCUGUGGGGCGUGGCCCCAUAUCCAAGCUGCUACAACUCUGACCCUGCCCAGAUGCAGCUGGCCAAUUACACGGGACGCUGCCCAGCUGCAGAGAUGGCCCUAAAUGAUGAGAUGAUGUGGCUAUGGAAACGAAGCUCUGCACUCUACCCCAUCCUUUCACUUGAGAAUCUACCUGAUGGGACCAAGGGGACGUGGCUUUACACAUCCAAUCAGAUCAGAGAGGCACUAAGAGUAGCAGCUCUAGCUGGGUCCACCUCUGAUCUUCCAGUUUUCCCAUUGGUCAAGAGUGUGUACACCUCCUCCAGUACAUUUCUCCCUGAGGCUGACCUUGUGAACACUGUAGGAGAGAGUGCUGCUAUGGGUGCAGCAGGGGUCAUCAUCUGGGAAAAAUCCAUUGCUACUAAAACACAGAAGUCCUGCUCUGAACUCAGCUCCUACGUAAGAGAGGUUCUCGGCCCUUAUGUGGUCAACGUAACCACGGCAGCACGUCUCUGUGGGGUCUCGCUUUGCCAAGGCCGUGGUCGCUGUGUACGCAAGAAACCAGAAGACCCAGUCUACCUGCACCUUCCUUCCGCCCACUUCUUGCUGCUUUCCAAUGGGGCAGAGGGUAUCCGGGCAACAGGGGAACUUCCUCCUGCCUACUUGGACAUCUGGAAGCGGGACUUCCGGUGUCAGUGGUUUGAGGCACUGGAGGGAGCAGCUGCUGAUCAGGAAUCAGGUGGGCCGGAUGUUGGAGGCCAAAGGCCACUGCCCACAGUAAAGCCACCCUCUGUUGUUGUUCAGACUGAGGUGACGGUACUCACCACAACACCUAGUGAACAGCAGCCGACAGUCAGUGGAUGCCCCUCCCACAACGUGCCCAUUAUACUUCUCUCUAUGCUGUUAUUUAUCAGCUUUGCAAACUUUCACAUCUGACUGGCCUUGAUUUUGUGUACUGAAACAUAAGAGAUUAGCUUGCUGACAUCAAUGCCACAAGGCAAAUGCAGUUGUGAGUUGCAUGAAUGCUCCAAGUGAGUGAAUUCUCUUAAUAUUCUGCUCAGUGAGCAGUGAGCAGUGAGCAAUGACUGUUUAAAAAUGGUGAUUUUACAAUGAAGGCUUGUCACAUUCUUUCUGAACGUUCAGGCAUUUGGGGAGUGCCUGAAUGAAGAGAGGAUCAUUAUGAGGAAGAUUUAAUGGUUGAGUUUCCAUUUAAUAGCAAGUAGUUCUAGCUCAGUGAUUUGAAGCUGAAGUGACUCUUCAGUUACUUGCUCAAUCUCCUUUCAGUUAGAGUGGACUUGGGUGGCUAACUUCAGUAAGUGCAUGGAGUAUCUACUGACCUUUGGCUGUUUGUUGCCCAACGCUAAUGCAUUUGUAGAUAAUACAGAUCUUACUGGCCAAUGUGCGGAUCCUGUGAUAAACACAUUACAUGCACCACAGACUUCCUUAUGUGAAAUUUGACUGCAUGAGUGUCAUUUGCACACGUUGAUCUCUCUAUGAACAUUUUUCAGUCACACACUUGGCAUUGAAUUAUGUCCAUUAUAUCAUGUACUAUAUGUCUAUCCAUCCAUCCAUCCAUUUUCUAAGCCACUUCUCCAACAGGGUGGCGGGGGGGUGUGCUGGAGCCUAUCCCAGCAGUCUAUAUAUAUAUAUAUAUAUAUAAUGUGGGACACACAAGGUGUGAUACACCAGCAAAGUUUCUGGUGCCUCAAAGGGUUGCCAGAGCUUCAUGGCCUUAUCUUAUAGGAACAAUUAGUGGCAUUUUCUGCCUGCUAUUCAUGAUCUGGCAUACAUUAUUAACUCAGUGCUGGUCUUGUGCCUCUGAGAAAUUAAUGUAAAAUAUAAGUCACUCUAAAGGUGCAUCGAUCAUACAUUUUUAUGGUCAUCUUUAUGGAAAAAUUGGCUUUUUUGGAUGAUUAGUAUUAGCUUUUUUAUUUAAAAUUAUUUAAAUAAUAAGCCCACACUAAGUGGUUUAAGUGGACACAGGAAAACACCAGGACCAGUACUUUUCAUCAUCCAAAGUGACAUUAUAAAUAAUAUUAUUUGUUCUGGAAUUUCCAAUCUCUAUAGUGCCUCCCUAAAUCAUUAAUUAAAUAUUCCCCUCGAGUUCAUGGCAUAAAAAAAAUGCUACAUUUUGCUUGUAUAAUUAAAAAAAAGCACAACGGUGAGACUGCUGUGUUGGAUGGAAGUGUAAAAAAAGUGAGUGUAUUUAUAUUGCAAUGAUGUAACAUAACACAUCAAUAACCAAACAAGCAGUCUCUCUUAAAGUUUGAAGAGAGCUAAAAUGAAACAAACAUAUGAUUGACAGAUACCCAUGGUAGAGUACGCACUACACAGCAAUCUUUUUGUGCACUGAUACUUUUCAUAGGUUCUGUGUUAAAAGCUUAAAGACAAGAUACUUCAACACAUAACACCAUUAAAGGUGCAAUAAGCAAGCUUUUCCAUGAAAAUGUAUGGAAAUUGGCCACUGCAAGGGCAGAGCUGUGUUCAUAUGUUUUGUAAUGAACCACCAGAACAGCUGAAGUUUCACACUUUCACAAAUAUCUAAUAUUUGUAACAAAACUAUUUUUCCCUGUCAUAAUCGGCUCAUUGUUAAACACAUACAGUCUGCUGAAGUUUAGCUUAUUUCAGUUUUUUCUACUUUAGAUUUUUAUCUUUAGCGUUAACAGUAACUGAUGUAAUAAAAAUAGCGGAAAUCCAUGACAUCACAAUAAAUAAUACUGAGUAACUUAACGCCUUUUGGCAGUAUCUGUUCUUGACUGACGACACUUGCAUUUGUGAGGUUAUUUUGUGGGAGUUCAUGGCGUUUUCUUCUCUUUCAGUGAUGCACAAAAAAGCAACUUGCAUGCAAAUAGCUCCCCUUGUGUGGAAUUUGUGUGCAGGUGUUCUGAUUAAUGUGUUUUUUUUUUAUAUUUCUUUAUCAAAUCAAUACUGUACUGUUUUUGGUACUGAAUAAUAUGUUAAAUGUAAAUGCAUAUACAAUAAAGAUGUUUCUAUAAUUCUGGCCACAAAUUUGUAGUUU